GCAUUCUGCAUUCGGCGCGGUUCGUAAAUUGCAAUUAAUAAAUUGUCCUCCGAUUACCCCAGUCAAUUGUCAUUAUUAUUUGUUAAUUAAUUGCCACUCGAUCGAAUUAUAUUGAAGAACACAAAAUCAAAUGGACCGUGUGAUUCAUCCAAUCGGUUUAGCUUAAGACGCAUUAUUAGAAUAUAAUCAGAUAUGUGGCUUACAAAAAUACGUCCAAUUUUGGGUUACGGGUUACAUUCAAGACAAAUCUUAUUAAAAAACCAUGGAAAAUUUAACACAUUGACUGUAUUUCCGAUUGAAAAAUUUGAUCAUCGUCGUACUUAUAAGAAUUUUGGUCAUAAGAGAGAUGCUCCAGAACAUCCUUUAAAACAAUUUUACAUUUUUGUGUUCAUAAGCUUUAUAAUUUAUAAUUUUAUCAAUUGGGAGAAAGUUGCUGAGGUAGUAUUUCCUCCUGUGGAUGCUGACAGCAAUGUCGAUACUACUGAAAAUCCAGUACAAGAAAUUCUAGAAGAAACUGUUGACAAAAAAAAAAAAAAACCUAAGCAAAAAGUUGGAUUUCGUGACCGAAAGAUAAUAGAAUAUGAGAACAGGAUACGUCAUUUUUCAACGCCAGACAAGGUUUUUAGAUAUUUUGCUACCUUACAAGUAACACAUAUGCAUUCUAAUGGACAAGAAACGCAUGAAGUAUUUAUGACACCAGAUGACUUCCUCCGGUCUAUGACACCAGGCAUUAAACAGCCGGAUGGACUUGGUCUUGAUCAAUAUAAAAAAUAUGACCCAAAAAAUACACACAUGAAAUUAGAAUUGGCAUUAAAUGAAGAUAGUAUAUUUUAUAAACUUGGAAGUUCUGGUUUAAUAACUUUUUCGGACUACAUAUUUUUACUAACUGUAUUGUCAACAUCAAAAAGACAUUUUGAAAUUGCAUUUAGAAUGUUUGAUUUAAAUGGUGAUGGUGAUGUAGACUGUGAAGAAUUUGAAAAGGUUGCUACCUUAAUCCGACAUCAGACGAGUAUUGGAAGUCGUCAUAGAGAUCAUGCUAAUACUGGAAAUACAUUUAAGGGAGUCAAUUCAGCAUUAACAACAUAUUUUUUUGGUGAAAAUCUUGAUGAAAAACUAACUAUAGAGAAAUUCCUCGAUUUUCAACAACAACUACAGACAGAAAUUUUAGGUUUAGAGUUUCAACGAAAAGGCCCUAGUGAAGACGGUACCAUAACAGAAGUUGAAUUUACUGAUCUACUUUUAGCCUAUGCAGGAUAUGCACCAAAAAAGAAAGCACGCAUAAUUAAACGAGUGAAAAAAGUAUUUAAAGAAAACACUCAAGGCAUUAGUGAAGAAGAUUACUUACAUUUUUUUCAUUUUUUGAAUAAUAUUAAUGAUGUAGAUACAGCUCUUACAUUUUAUCAUAUUGCAGGAGCAUCAAUUGAUCAAGCCACUUUAAAACAUGUAGCAAAAACUGUAGCUCACGUUGACUUAAAUGACCAUUUGAUCAAUGUAAUUUUCACAAUAUUUGAUGAAAACCUUGAUGGACAAUUAAGCAAUCGAGAAUUUGUUGCUGUUAUGAAAAACCGUUUAUUGAGAGGUCUGGAGAAACCAAAAGAUACCGGUUUUGUGAAGUUCAUUCAAUCUGUUGGCAAAUGUGCUCAAGAGAGUACUCCUAGUGUUUUUGACUUGUAAAAUCCUUUGUUAUUAUUAAUUAAGUUAGAAUAUAGUUUUAUUAAUAUAAAUGUA